CAACGGCCACCCCCUCAGAUUGGCAUAGAACCCAGGGAUUGGUGGGCUGAUUGAUUGCCUGUGAUAAUAGCACUAUGUCAUUGUCGACCACACAGGAUCAACCAUUUAUAUAUGAAUCCGAAAGCCACAGCAAAAAGGCCUCAUCAUGACUAUGAGUGACGACGUCGCCAACGAAAGGGUCCCGUACCCUUAAUUGGCUUACAUCAAAUUUAUAAUUUAGGUUCGGGGAUCGAAUUGGCUGGGUAGUGGGGGAAUUGGGGGUGCAAGGAACGUGUUGCUUGCUCUUUCCGAACGCGAGGUAGGCUAAUUAGUUACCCCACUAAAACCUCAAAACAGCCCGAUAGUCGCACCGAUACUUAUGUACCUAUCGACCGCCACUUUCUUCCCCUCCAUCAUCAAAAACCUCAAACUCCACCAUACCCACCAACACUUUGUUCGUGGUGUACAUGCAGCGAGAGGAGGCAGAUCGUUGGGCUCGCAAACGUUACUUCGGCUGACACGCUGAUAAACCAGGAGCAGCCAAACUUCAGCUUCACCGUCGGGUUUUCAAUUGCAAGAACUGAACCUAGGCUCCUCACACACACACACUCUCAUAUUCUUCACGAUGCAUAUCAAAGACAUGCUAAACCAGGGGGAGCAGGCGGGGAAGCCUACUUUCUCGUUCGAAUUCUUCCCCCCAAAGACUGCGCAAGGUGUCCAGAACCUGUACGAUCGUAUGGACAGAAUGCAUGGGCUGGGACCGAGCUUCAUUGACAUAACCUGGGGUGCUGGCGGCCGCCAUGCGCAACUGACAUGUGAAAUGGUCAGCGUGGCACAGUCGGUUUACGGGUUGGAGACAUGCAUGCACUUGACAUGUACGGACAUGGGCAAGGAGAAGGUCGACGAUGCCCUCAAGAAUGCAUACAAGGGUGGCUGCACAAACAUUCUGGCUCUCCGUGGGGACCCCCCUCGCGAGAAAGAAAAAUGGGUGGCUACCGACGAAGGAUUCCAGUACGCGAGAGAUCUUGUCAAAUAUAUCCGCAAAACUUACGGUAAUCACUUCGAUAUUGGUGUUGCGGGAUACCCAGAAGGCUGUGACGACCAAACAGAUGCGGAUCUUUUGCUCGACCACCUGAAGGAAAAGGUCGACGAGGGCGCAACUUUCAUUGUGACUCAGAUGUUCUACGAUGUUCCCAACUUCUUGGAUUGGGUCCGCAAAGUUAGGGCGAAGGGCAUCACCAUUCCAAUCAUCCCAGGCAUCAUGCCCAUUUCCACAUACGCCAGCUUUCUGAGAAGGUGCAACCACAUGAAUGCGAAGAUCCCCCCUGGAUGGAUUGAAGCCAUGGAGCCCGUCAAGAACGAUGAUGCAGCAGUCAGGGAGAUUGGGAGAGGUUUAGUGACUGACAUGUGUCGCUCUAUCCUUGAGUCUGGGAUCAACCACCUGCAUUUCUACACGAUGAACUUGGCCCAGGCCACACGCGGUGUUCUUGAACAGCUCGAGAUGCUUCCAUCUGAAGAGCGCCCGCUGAAGCAGGCUCUCCCAUGGCGCCAAUCUCUUGGCCUUGGGCGAAGAGGGGAGGAUGUACGACCUAUUUUCUGGCGCAACAGGAACAAGUCUUACGUCAUGCGAACUCAGGAGUGGGAUGAGUUCCCCAACGGCAGAUGGGGUGAUUCGAGGUCUCCGGCUUUUGGCGAACUUGAUGCAUACGGAAUUGGGUUGAAGGGUAGCAAUGAGCAGAACAUUAAGCUGUGGGGCGAGCCGAAGUCAGUCAAGGACAUUGCAAAUGUAUUCCUGCGAUACUUGAAUGCCGACAUUGAGAGCUUGCCAUGGAGUGAGGCACCGAUCUCGAACGAAGCCGAUGUUAUUAAGAACCAACUUGUGGAACUCAACGAGCGCGGACUGCUUACGAUCAACUCGCAACCUGCCGUGGAUGGAGUCAAGUCAUCUCACCCAGUUUAUGGAUGGGGACCUGCGAAUGGAUACGUCUACCAGAAGGCGUACCUCGAGCUUUUAGUUGCACCAGAGCUUAUCGAUGAGCUGCUUGAUAGAAUCGCGAGAGACCCCGAGGUGACUUAUUAUGCGGUUACAAAGUCAGGCACGCUACGAACCAAUGCUCCUAGCGAUGCUCCAAAUGCCGUCACCUGGGGUGUGUUCCCCGGAAAGGAAAUCGUUCAGCCAACCAUCGUGGAAACGAUCAGCUUUUUGGCCUGGAAGGAUGAGGCUUUCCGUCUAGGAAUGGACUGGGCCCAUUGCCAUGACUCCUCGAGCCCAAGUCGCAAUGUUAUUCAACGAGUUAUGGAGACGUUUUACCUCGUUAAUAUCGUCCAUAACGACUUCCAUCAACGCGAUGCGCUAUUUUCGCUGUUUGAGGGCCUUACCGUCCCAAACAUUGACAAGGCUGCUGAGGGUACUGCUGCACCUGCAGCUGCCCCCGCGCCUGCGGCGGCUGCUGCGCCAGCUACGAACGGGGACAAAGUCGAAGAGGCCCCACCGGCCAUUGUAUCGAACGUCCUUCCAGUGGCAUAAUUGGUAGUUUUCAAAUAUUUCAGGAUCAACUCAUAUUUUCCGGCCGUCCAGGUGCUCUCUGAGCAAUUGCACUGGGCGGCACGGCUCUUGCAUUUAGCGCGGCGCGGGCCAACUUCAACAAGUUUGGCGGGCGUCCUGGGGAUUUCAACGAUCUCAUGAUUUUCUUUUUUUUACAUUACCUCAUGAUUUUUUAUACACCGGCUCGGCAUAGGAGAAAAUGUCUUCAACGGCAACACAAGUAGAACUAGACAGUGCGAAAGAAGGGGGGUGGGGAAGAGAUGGGCUGGUGUUGCACCCAUCAGCCGGGAAAUAGAAUAAAAAAACACGACGAGUUGAAGUCAAAUACAAUAUUGGAUGGUGGUUUAUCCAAUGCAUGCACUUUCAUCAUACUAAAUGUAAUUGAAUUGUAGCAAAAGUUAACCCUCGUUCAUCUACCUUGCAGCAAAAAACUAGCUGCUGUUUCCAAUUACUCUGAGCGCUGCUUUUUACGCCAAUUGGUAGGAAGCUCGGCAAGGGGUUGACAGGAAGAUCAAAACCAGGGGAUGGAGAUAUAAAGCUUAGCACGUUGGCAUAGGAGACUUGGUGCUCAGCAUAGGUUUAACAAUCUGCCAGAGGGUUCAGGAUUCAAAGUCGGCCAAUGCCAUAGUUUUAUGGCGUGUCUACAACAUCAAAAUGUGUAUCUCAUGGGUAUAGCUUCGUCACCAAAUUCAAAUUCCCAUUUCACUAAUUCAAGUCUCAUAACAUCAAGUGCAGCCAACACCGCUACCACCGGAAAAUGGCCCGAUACAACAAGACCAGUUACCUUGUUCAUCAAACACUGGAUCUGGCUUAGGCAGAUUUCCUCCUGCGCUGAAUGCACCUCCAUUUGCAAUUUCAGUCGGUAGCGGUCCCGAAAGUGUUGUUGUCGUUGUUGUUGUAACCGGCGGGGAGGUCACAGUCACAGUGGCAGCUGCAGCCACACACGAGGCAGGGCAGGC